AGCCAAGCUGCGUGAAAACAAAGAAAAACAAUCAAAAGAAAACAAAACAAAAUAAAAAGAAAGACGCGAAAAGAAGGCACCAUCACUGCAGCACAUGGUGUGGCCAACGGAAGGGACAGGAGCUCCAUCAGUUGCAGCCAAAGAAGAAAAGAGAGAAAUAAAGGAGAGAAGCUGGAAAAAAAUAGAUUUCACACCCGCAGCUCUUGGCCGCAGCGUAAGGGCAGUUCUUGGAAACAAAAAACAACACAGACAUGGGAUAAAUAGCAACUCAGCUACAAGCGAUCGAGGCCAUCUGCUGGCCGGAAGAAAAGAAACGCAGCACACGUAUGAAAAUCACAUGGAGCCGGACUGCGGGACUGCCGGAGCCAGAGAGCCAGAGAGAUUGAGACGGAGGGGCAGGCGGGCAGCACGGCGUCGGCGUGGAUGGCGGAAUCACGGCGACACGGCGUGGCUGGUGGGUGGUGGGCGGGGCUCGGCCACCUUUCUUCUUUUUUUAACUGAAUCGGCGGAUUAUUCGUGGGUUGGGAAGAAAUUUGUGCUGGGGAAAUGGGGAAAGCUAUUCAGUUUACGCAGAUUUUUUGGGAUGGGCUGGGGAAAGUUCUUUUGGGGUGGGCUGGGAAUAAAUUUUGGGAUGGGUUGGGAAUAAAUUUUUGGGUGGGCUGAUAUAAUAUUAUUUCUACAAUUUCUAUUUUUUAGGCUAUUAAAAAUUGGAUUUCUGGGAGUGAGCUAUGAUUUGGGGGUGAAUUUUUUUUUGGGGGGGUUCAAUUUUUUUUUUUGGAGGGGCGAGAAUUAUUUGUUGAGGGGGAUAAAAUUAUUUUUCGUAUAUAUAUAUACUAAUUUUUUUUUUUGGGGGGGCGACCGCACCCCUGGGUCUCUACUACGGUCCGCCCCUGGGUGAGACCCAGAGCAGAGACAGCCCAGCCUCAUCCAACAGCACCCAUCGACGGCCGGAAGAUCUGGAGCAGCGGCAGGGAGGUCCGGAGCAACAGCCGCGACUCCAGCAAAUAGAUCACGCCGGCGGCUACAGUUCCGGCUCAGAUCAGGAUUCUUCCAUAUCUGAAAUUCCAGCUUUUUCUUCUUUGAUUUGCCAUGAAUUUCUAGAAUAUCUUUGACUGAUUUCUUCAUUUUCUCUUUUUUCCACAACACUUUUUGGUUGAUUUUUUGUGAUUUGGAUGAGUUUUUGGAGAUUUUGUGAGGAAUCUAACUUGAUUUUGCUCUAAUCUCUCAACGAGAGCACCAUUGAUGGAUUGUAGGGAUCCAAGUAUGUAUAAAAUGUAAUAAAUGGAGAUAUUUUAGCUCAAGAAUGUGUGGAGAAGAUGAAUAGUAGAAAUG